UAGUCACGUUGCCUGUAGGGCUCGUGUCAACUCCUUUCUCUCCACCAUUGUCAGCGCGCGCAGCCGAAGAAUCCUCCACGCGUCCGUCGUGCUGCAAAACCUACUAAUUCAUUUACGACAUAAAUCAAUUACAGCACCAUGUCACUCUGUUAUGCUUUUGUGUGAAUGGUGCGCAAAUAUCGUUUCAGCUGCAUUGAUAAUUAGCCUUUCAUUUAACAGUUGUCAUUUAGGCUACUCAUUCGUUUAUUUUAGCCAAUACGGGACGUCAUCUUAUACAGUUGCCCGUUUUUUCGUGAUGGUUUGACAACAUGAUUGGCCAGCAACUUCUCAUGCCAACAACCUAACUUGAUCUCUCAGCAUCUAAGGGGAAGACGUUGGGUGGUAGACCUACGGCAGGAUGAGUGGGAUCCUGAAGAGGAAGUUUGAGGAGGUGGAGGUGGACAGCCCCUCCCCCUGCCUCUCUCUCCAGGGGUCCGAUGACGAGGUCUCUGCCGGCAGCGACAGCGGGAACAGCAGCGACAGCGUCAACCCCGGCCCCUCCACCCCCGUCGCCCCCUCCUCUAUCUUGAGGUGUGAGAAGCGCCUGCUGGUGCGCAAUGUGCACUUUGAGAGCGUGACGGUGUACUACUUCAGCCGGCGCCAGGGCUUCACCAGUGUGCCCACGCAGGGCGGCAGCACCCUGGGCAUGUCCACACGCCACAGCUGGGUGCAGCGCUACACCCUGGGGGAGUUCGCUGUGGAGCAGGAGAGAAGCCACCGAGACAUGCUGCGAGACCACCUCAAAGAGGAGAAACUCAACUCCAUCAAACUCAAGCUGACCAAUAAUGGCACUGUGGAGUCGGACGAGGCCGAGUCACUGACCUUGGACGACAUCUCAGAGGACGACAUCGACCUGGACAACACGGAGGUGGACGAGUACUUCUUCCUGCAGCCGAUGACCACCAGGCGGCGCCGCGCUCUCCUCCGGGCGUCUGGGGUGCGACGCAUUGACGUGGAGGAGAAGCACGAGCUGCGGGCCAUCCGGGUGUCCCGGGAGGAGUGCGGCUGUGACUGCAGGGGGCUGUGCAACCCCGCGACCUGCGCUUGCAGCCUGGCCGGCAUCAAGUGCCAGGUAAAUGGAGCUGUGGUAGAUCGCAUGUCAUUCCCGUGCGGCUGCAGCAAGGAGGGCUGCAGUAACGGCACAGGCCGUGUCGAGUUCAACCCCAUCCGUGUUCGCACCCACUUCCUGCACACCAUCAUGAAGCUGGAGCUGGAAAAGAGCCACGAGCAACAACAACCACAACCACAGGUCACCAUUGGUUACCACGGAGAACUACCAGUCAACGUCCCUGUCCAGCGUGCUUUGCAGUACCCCCUGAUGUCUGACAACAUCCCAGUCCCGCAGGCUCCCAUCAUGCACCUGCUGAGUGCCAGCGAUGUGGAGCAGCAUCUAGAAGAGGAAGUGGACGAAGAUGAGGAAGAUGAUGAGGAGGAGGAUGAUGACGAUGGUAGUAGUUUAUGUAGUGGCCUCUCGGACUGCAGCACCAACAGCCUGCACACUAGUGACUCUGAGGAGGAGGAGGAGGAGGAAGAUGACUGUGAGUCUAUGGAGGAGGGGGUGAGUGGACCCCCAGUCUCUCACACAGAGGUGGUCCCUCUCUCCUCUGUGUUGGGUUACAGUGAUGGCACACAGACCAACACCAACCGCGCUAACCCCAACUCAUACUACCACAACCCUUCAUCAGGGUACUACCAUAUGGACAACUCAGCCAAGCUGAACCCCACACCACAAUCCCCUUGUGAAGCUCCCUCACUCCGCCUCUCACUCCCCAACAGGGAGGGGGCCACCGAUGGCCCCACGGUUGUGUCACAGGAGCAGCCUAAAACCACCUCCGAGCCGCACACAGACCACCUCAGCCAGAUAGAGGGACUGUAUAUGCAUUUUCCCCACACUGACAAAGCACCAGCAGCCAACGCCUGUUCCUCAGCCCCGCAGCAGAGCAACACUCCCCACAGUGGGGAGACUAGUACACUACACCAUGAGCAGCCCUAUCAGACACAGGUUAGCGUUUUUAAUCAUGAAUCUUGUUCUAGAGGCAACUCUGCGGAGUGGUCACUAGCUGGCACGGCCACAAAGUCAUAAAAUCAGAUUUUAAACCUAACCUUAACCCUAAACGUAACCACACUGCUAACCCUAAUGCCU